CCGUUUGCUCUAUUUAUUUUACGUUUUUCUCUGGAGCGCGAGCUAAUCAAGGAAGACGCUGGAGAAGAGUCGUCGUUGCUUCAAUGGCUUACGUCGAGAGAGGGGUUGUCAAAUCGAAGAGAACAAUAUGGCGAGUGAAAACAAUCACAGAUUUCUUCCGGGCCAUUAUAAACUUCAUUGGGGUCUUUUUCGCAACAAUGUUUUCGAUGGAGAAAUCUGAAGCUUACAGGAAAGGAUCAGGUGCCAGCAAGAAAUGGGAUGGUGGUGGGCCAGGCGGCCCUGGUGGUGGUGGUCCAUACGGUGGUGGUCCACGUGGGCCACCACGGGGAAUGGAUAAUGUUCGAGGAAUCGACCACAGUUCUCUUCCUGCAUGCGGCUCUUGUUGUGGUUGACGAAGUAACCGAUCCAUCAUAACUGCCUCAAUUCAUGUAUGCAUUUCUAUUAUAUAUAUUAAAAAAAAAAAAAAAAAACCUUGUGGAUUGUAAAAUAGGUUUGAUCUUUUAAGACAUGUACUAAGUUUUGCUUCAUGUAUUAAACUGAGUAAUUGAAAUAUGUCUGUUUCUGUAUUGCAUUCUAUUUUCUUUCAUUUGAAACUCGUGUGUAUCUGCAAAUUGAAUUUGGUGUGA